AUGGAGAGUUCUGAACAUAAGAUGGCAGAGCCCAGAUCGGACUCAACCCUGUGGGGUGGUGCUCCUCAGUACGUCUAUGUCCACUUUGAGAAGUGCACCAGUUACGGAAUCCCGUCGGAGGCAGGGUGCGAGGCAAGGGGUACGGGGGAUGACCUGCACUAUCUGGAGAACUCCCUCAGCCAUCCACAGCUCUAUAGGCAGUACACAGACCAGCUCUCUGACUUUGCACAGAAGGAAGCGGCAAAACUACUGGGUGAGAAAGAAACCCAAGGGAACAGCCAGAGCCCCCAGAAACAGGACAGCCAGACAGAAGUCAAAGAGGAGCGGUACUCCAAAUGCCAAGACUGUUCUAGACACAUUCAGAAAUAUGUUACCAAGAAGCUUGGAGAAGACUGGAUAUUCCUGGUUCUGUUGGGUCUGGUCAUGGCACUGGUGAGCUGGGGAAUGGAUUAUGCCAGCGCCAAGAGCCUGCAGGGUGGGUCCCAUUCAGCUUACAAGUGGAUGUACAAGGAGCUGCACCCGAGUGUCCCUAUGCAGUACCUGGCCUGGGUCACCUACCCCCUCAUCCUCAUCCUCUUUGCUGCUGUCUUCUGCCACCUUGUCUCCCCACAGGCUGUUGGGUCUGGGAUUCCUGAGCUGAAAACAAUCAUGCGGGGAGUGGUCCUCAAGGAAUACCUCACGCUCAAAGCUUUUGUGGCCAAAGUCGUAGGCCUGACAGCUGGGCUGGGGAGUGGCAUGCCUAUAGGGAAAGAGGGUCCCUUCGUGCACAUUGCCAGCAUCUGUGCUGCUGUGCUCAGCAAGUUCAUGUCAAUCUUCUGUGGCGUGUAUGAGCAGCCGUAUUAUUACACUGAUGUCCUAACUGUGGGCUGUGCUGUGGGGGUUGGCUGCUGCUUCGGGACACCACUUGGAGGGGUGCUCUUCAGCAUUGAGGUCACUUCCACCUACUUUGCCGUGCGCAAUUACUGGCGUGGUUUCUUCGCAGCCACAUUCAGUGCCUUCAUCUUCCGAGUGCUCGCCGUGUGGAACAAGGAUGCAGUCACCAUCACGGCCCUGUUCAGAACUAACUUUCGAAUGGAUUUCCCCUUUGAUCUGCAGGAGCUGCCAGCCUUUGCUGUGAUAGGGAUCUGUUGUGGGUUCCUUGGAGCCUUUUUCGUUUACCUCAAUCGCCAGGUGGUUCUGUGUGUCCGACGGCAUACAGCUCUGAGCCGAUUUCUCACCAAAUACCACCUUGUAUACCCAGGAGUUAUAACCUUCCUGAUAGCAACAGUGACCUUCCCGCCGGGGUUCGGGCAGUUCAUGGCUGGAGAGCUGAUGCCCAGGGAAGCCAUCAGCUCCCUGUUUGAUAACUACACCUGGGCAAAGCACAUGGGGGACCCACAAAUCCUAGGGAAAUCUGCCAUCUGGAUCCACCCCAAAGUCAGUGUCUUCGUCAUCAUCCUGCUUUUCUUCGUCAUGAAGUUCUGGAUGUCUGUCGUCGCCACUACAAUGCCGAUACCUUGUGGAGGCUUCAUGCCUGUUUUUGUACUGGGGGCUGCAUUCGGCCGUCUCAUUGGUGAAAUCAUGGCAUCACUCUUCCCUGAUGGGAUCCUCUUUGAUGGCAUUGUUUACAAAAUCUUACCUGGAGGAUACGCCGUCAUUGGCGCAGCAGCCCUGACAGGAGCAGUGAGCCACACUGUCUCCACAGCAGUGAUCUGCUUUGAGUUGACGGGUCAGAUCUCCCACAUCCUGCCCAUGAUGGUUGCCGUCAUCCUCGCCAACAUGGUGGCCCAGAGUUUGCAGCCCAGUCUCUAUGACAGCAUCAUCCAGGUGAAGAAGCUGCCUUACCUGCCUGACCUGGGCUGGAAUUACAUAAGCAAAUACAAUAUCUUUGUUGAGGAUAUUAUGGUCUGUGAUGUGAAAUUCAUCUCCUCUACUUGUACAUACCAGGACCUGCAGACCCUGCUUCAGAGCACCACUGUCAAGACCUUGCCUCUGGUAGAUUCACCAGAGUCCAUGAUCCUGCUGGGCUCAGUGGAGCGGUCAGAGCUGCAGGCUCUUCUCCAGAGGCAUAUUGGCCAGGAACGGCGCCUGCGCAUCAUCAAGGAGAUGCAGCAGAAGCUGGCUGAGGCACCCUAUGACGGGCACAGCAAAGGCCAGUGGGCAGCCAUGCCCAGUUGGAAACGCGAAUCUUUUGCUUUUGUGGAUGAGGAUGAGGAUGAAGAGGAGAAGGCUGAGCCACCUCAGCAACCCUCUCCUGCUCCCAGUCACCCUGAGGAACCCAAUGGCCCAGUGGCGCCUCAUAUACCAAUGCCAGAAACACUGGGGCCCCAGGAAACCCCAGCCAGGAGUUUCUGGAGCUUGAGGCAGCUGAUCCAGCAGCUUUUGUGUCAUUACAACCGGCCACCAGAGAUGGAGAGUGUUGCCCAGGAGUCUGUAGAGGUUACAGAUACAAUGAAGCCAGAGGAGAUAGAUGCUUGGGAGCAGGACGAGCUGAAUAAGGAGGUGUGCUUUGACAGCUGCCGCAUAGACCCCUCCCCUUUUCAGCUAGUGGAGAGGACUUCCCUGCACAAGACACACACCUUGUUCUCCUUGCUGGGCCUCAGCCAUGCCUAUGUGACCAGUAAGGGGAAGCUGAAGGGAGUGCUGGCUUUGGAAGAGCUCCAGAAGGCAAUUGAGGGCUCCACGUGCUCUGGUGUCCGCCUCCGUCCGCCCCUCGCCAGCUUCCGUGACACCAACAGGACCUCAGUCAGCAAUGACCAGAGUAGCCAGGUUUCACAGGUGUGGAGCCGACAGGACAGCUGUGUGGUGCCUGUGAGAGGAGCUGCAGACUCAGGAAUGGGGAGCCCACUGUCCUCCAGCUCCCCUUCCCCACAGCCUCCGCCUUUCCCUGAGGAGGGGAAGGGGCUGCGCUCUGUCUCAGCUGCUGACGCUGAGCUGGAGGAGAUGGAGCUGUCUGGCCCUGCUGCUGAGAACAUCUCAGACAUCCUCAAGGAUCUGAGCCUCCGCUCCACGGACCUGGAGGAGGAGGAUGAAGAGGAUGUGCCCCUAUAACCGGGGGGAGGAGGGGAUGUCCCACUCCACUCCCUUCAGCGAGCCAGCCCUGCUACACAUGCUUCUCAGGGAGAGGCCUGGGGACUCUCUCGCCAGUGCUCCAGCAUCCACAGUUGCUUAGUUGGGGGAGGAGUCACAGGACUGCCCUUUUGUCUGCUGCCCUCACUGCCUGGAGUGUCGUACUACCUGGGACAGAUGGGGGUGUGUGUGUGAGAGGGGGGAGAUGGACUCCCGCAGGUGGCAAGGGGGUGGCUGGGAUUAAGGCCCCUACUUUUUCUUUCCCAGCACUCAUGGUAAG